UUUUGCGAGUAAGAUCUUUUUCGGGAUCGUUUUGUUGUCAGUUCGUCGCGUGGCCUCAGGGUGGAUUUUCCGAAUGUGAAAAUUUAGUAACGAAUAAACAGUUAGAAAAUCGUUUAGUAUUCAAUAUGUGCCUGAGUGUGUUUAUCUAUCUUCAAAGUUUUAUUUACAUACUUUGAAGGAAAUUAAAAAAAUUCAUAGCCUCGUUGGUGUCCAAAUAGAUGUUGAAUUUUCUCUAUCCCAGUAGAUUCGUCUUGCUAGGAUCUUCUUCAAUUUAUCCUUACGACUGCAAGGAAUGCCAGCAACUGUACUUGUACGGACUUUUUAGCGGUUCCAUUACGCUCGGAAAAUUGCAAUUUGAAAAUGUAGUGUUCAGUGUCUGUGCGAGUUCUAUGUGCAAUGUCGCGUCGUCGUCCUAAGUCCUGGUCUAAGCGGUCGCCACAUCCUUUUUUAUCGUCGCUACAUUGGUUGUUGCCGUUAUCACCAUAUUUGUCGACCAGGAGACGUGAAAUAAAGUGACAGAAGAUAACAAAAACGUUGUGUUUAGCUUCUUCACAUCCUUCGCCUUAUGUUUUUAUAUACGUUUGAGUUUGAAACUUUAAAGGACAUCAUUUGGCGAUAGCAGGGCAAAAACGACAAUAUGUCACGACGCGCCCAAUCUAUGCCACCUAUGUUUAUGGAGAAACCAAAACGGAGACCAGUUGUGGCUUUUAUUUGUUUUUCAUGGAAGGUUUUCGCCUGUGUUUUUUCACAUGUGGCUCUAGUGUCGCUGGUCGUGGCAUAUUGUAUCGCUGGAGCGUUAAUUUUUGAACAUUUGGAGGCAGACAAUGAGAAAACGGUGAAACAAGGAAUUCGAGGAAUGCGAACAAAUGUAACGGACGAUUUAUGGGAUAUGACAUCAUCUUUCGAAUACCUUCAUCAGGAUAAUUGGACGAAAUGGGUCGAAAAUCGCUUAGAGCUUUUUGAGCGGGAUAUCCUUACUGCCAUGAAAACCAAAGGAUGGGAUGGAAAUGAAAAUGAGCAACAAAUGCAGUGGACAUUUUUUGGUGCUUUGUUCUAUUCCAUCAUUGUCAUAACGACAAUCGGGUACGGACAUAUUGCUCCAAAAACCGACAUGGGAAAGGUGAUAACUAUUUUCUAUGCAAUUCUCGGAAUUCCACUUAUGCUGCUUUGUCUAUCCAACAUUGGUGAUGUGAUGGCCAGCUCCUUCAGGUUCCUUUACUGGCGAGUCUGCUGUUACGUUUGUACACGGGAAACUAAACGAUCACGCCGGAUGCGUCAGAACCGUAUGAGUAUGCGUCAACCCACCCGUACAAGGUCCCAACCACCUCCGAAUAUGCGACGAUCUAUGCGUAUUUCCCAAAGAUCUGCCGACUCAGGAUUCAUUACGCGCAGUGAAUAUGAACAAAAUUUAGUGCAUUCCUUUAGCGAUCCACAGCUCCGUUAUACAGGACCAAGACAUAGUGAUCGCCAACGAAACCAUCGACCACGGGACGAUUUCCAGUAUGAUACUUAUAAUGAACGAUCACGCGAUCGCCGUGAUCGCGAUAGACGUUCUCCAUUUCCAAGGACUUCGUCGAAAUACCAUGACUACGAUGAUAUAUACAAUGAAAGGGAUGAUCGGUAUAACGAACGACACGAUCGAAGGCGCAACCACUAUGAUGAUCUAGAUUUCCGAAGAAAUUGCAAUCGAAACCCAGAGGAUGACUGGGACGAUCGUGAUCGAGGUCGGAACCGCGAUCGAAAUCGCGAUCGCGAUCCUGGUAGAUAUAGGAAUCAAUACGAACGGCGAGCAAGUGAUUAUGGGCGGUCACUAGAUCCUUACUAUGACCCUGAUGAGUCUCCUAGAAAUUCCAGACGAGUCGAUCGGACUCAGCGAUUCAGUAAUCGUGAGCGCAACCGUGAAAGACUGCGUGAUCGACAUACAAUCGAACGAGAACGAAACCUCAAUAGACCCCAUCGACUCGAUCCUUUAGUAGAUUUCGAUGGACCACCAAGUCCCCGUCGAUCACAAAGCGUAAGGUCAAUCCAUGCUUCACCGUCGAAUCGUGAUUUAAAUCAUGAGUACGCCAAAACAUUGCCAAGUGGAGGCCGAUCUAGAGGUAAUGGGAAUCCAUCGCCAAAGUCGCGUGCAAGAUCGGUUGAUCCUCGAGCUAUGCGUCGAUCAAUAGAGCCCGAUGAGUAUGGAAUUGUAGAAAAUCGAUAUGCCAUGAUGACUGACAAUGGAAAUUUAGGGAAUCACCACGGAAGACGAGCUCCAAAAUACACUCGCAGCUACUCAGUGCCGCGACAUCAAAGUAAUUACAACGAUCGCGAUCAACUAGGACACUUGGAUAUUCCUGAAACCCCAUUGGCAGGUCGGAGACGGUCAAUCGAUCGAGAAUUCAAUGAUGAUCUUGACGACGAUUACCGGAUGUUAGGUGGACGAGGCUCUGGUGGGGAUGGUUUGUACUCUCAAGGAAUGCAGCAACCACGACGUGGAAAACAAGUCUUACCCCCUUCCCCGAGAAUCUUAUCGCCGAUGGGAUUCGCAGUUCACCGACAGGCCAAGUAUACUAAGUCUGGUCCAGAGGAUGACUUCGAUAUAUAUUUAGACGAGGAGUGGGAUUCAUUUACGGAUUUGACACCGAGAAAUCGUCCAGUGCCUAUCUGGCUAUGCGUUUUCCUUGUUGUCGGUUACAUUAUAGCAGGAGCCUUCCUAUUCUCAGAGUGGGAACAUUGGAGUUUCCUGGACUCGGCAUAUUUCUGCUUUAUUACAUUGACAACAAUAGGAUUCGGAGACUUCGUUCCUGCGCAAGGUGUUAAGGAGAAUUCCGAAGUAUCUAUAGCUCUUUGUUCGUUGUAUCUACUUUUCGGUAUAUCCUUGUUAGCUAUGAGUUUUAAUUUAGUUCAAGAAGAAGUUAUAGCCAAUGUUAAAAGCGUUGCGCGCCGUUUAGGAAUUUUAAAGGAACCGGAAGUUGAAGAAUGAUUAGAAUAAAUCCUCGAAAGUACCCACCUAAGAGUGAAAGAGUAAUGUCGUCACUUGAGUAAUAAUCGGUAAGAUAAAUUAAAUAAUGUUUGUGGUAUAAAAAA